UGUUUGCUUCUUACUUAGGUGCAGACAUUUGAAUCAGAAAAUGUUUUUUUGGUAUUUUCUGAUAUCAUUACCUCUACUACUAAUUUAUUUAAUGUUUCUGAUAUGUUUGGUGAUUUACAAAAGUAUAAUAAUUGCAAUAUUGAAAAUGAGGUAUGGUACAAACCUAAUUACUGUUGACAGCAUCGACUCUUUCUUUACACUGGGCAUGUUUCAAGAUAAUUUCUCUUAUAUUUUAACUACCAUGAGAACUGAUGUGAAGGAAGAAAAUUUGAUGGAAAAAUUAAUUGAAGCUUUGGAUGGAACAUUUAUAAAAAAUGCUGAUCAACUCAAAAAACUUCAUGGUUCAUUAAAAAACUUUAUGGGUUUUCCAUUUUUGUUGAAAAAAAAAUUGGAAGCCGCUGAUUUUGUGACUCUUAUAGAUGUAGAUAGAGAUGGUUAUGAAUCUUUGAACCAUUUAAUACAUGAAUAUUGCACGAGUUCACUACAUACAAAUAAGAAAUUACUCAUUGAUUCAACCAUUCUGAAAUGUAGUAAUGAAUGGAAAAUUAAAAAUAACUUUAAAAUAGAUCAAAUACCUUUGCUAUUUAAAGUUCAUCACGUUGUGGGAGAUGGUUUAUCAAUAAUGAAUUUAAUAGUCCAAUCAUUCGGAGAUGAUAAAUUCGUUAUAGAUAAGAUCAUUGAAGAAUUUAAUAAUAGGCAAAAGCCAGCAAAUGCCUGGAAAAGAUUAUUAGAAGAUAUUGUGUCAUUUUUCCUUCUACCGGGCUUCAUGGUUUGUGAAAUAAUUAAAAGGAGUUUGAACAGUAAGGUUUUCAUUGGUGGUGUGGGUUCUGGUGAACAAUAUUUCGCUAAGACAGUUGGGGAUGAUAACAUGUCGGUACAGAAAAUUAAAGGUUUGAAAAAUAAAAUUGGAGACUGCAGAUUUACAGAAAUUUUAAUUACAGCGAUUUCAGCUAGUUUAUGUGAUUAUUUUAGAAAAAAAGGUGUUGAAAUCCCCAAAACAGUAGCAGCAUUCAUAAUCGUAGUCCUAGAAAUGCAGAGCUUAAUUAAAAACGGCGUGCCGAAUCUGACAAAUCAAUUCAAGCUUCUACCGGUUGAAAUUCCUAUCGAGAUCGGAAGUGACUCGAUGUUAAAGAGAUUAAACGAUACUAAAAAAUAUACAAGAUCUCCCGAUUUACCUGUUAUGUGUAUGAUGCAACGUUUAUUUAUCAACCACAUAUUCGGACUGUUCCCCAGACCCAUUAAGAAAAUAUUUUAUAGAGCAAACUACACGAGUCUGUCACUGAGUAAUAUACCGGGGAUACACAGAAUAACUUUCUUAAAUGGAGUAGAAUUAGAUGAAGUUCAUUUCUUUAUAAUUAAUAGGAAAGAACUUGGUGGCAUAGGAUUCAGUAUAAUAACUUACGCUGAUAAAUUACAUCUUGCAUUUAAAGCUCAAGAUAAUAUGAUUUCUUCUCAAGAAGACUGCCAAAAAAUUGUCGACAAUGUUUUCAAUUAUAUAAAUCAACUGAGUUUAGAAAUAUGUAAUAAAGAUAUAUAAAUAUAUUCUAAA